AUGCAAGAGCAGGUUAAUAAUGCAAUGGAAAGUGCUAAGGAAGCGGCGGCAUCAGUCACUGAACGCGUUAGUGACUUCUUUCAGGGCAAUCCGUUUGCUACGCCAGUUGGACGCAAAAUAGAAAUGGCAACCGAUGCAACUGUUUUGGCAACUGAAAAUUGGGGAUUAAAUAUGGAAAUUUGUGAUUUCAUUAACAACACGGCAGAAGGCGGACGUGAUGCGAUGCGCGCAAUUCGUAAACGACUACACUCACAAAUGUCGAAAAAUAAUGCAGUUGUUAAUUAUACACUAACAGUGUUGGAAACAUGUGUAAAAAAUUGUGAUACUCGAUUUCAUGAACUAGUUUGUCAAAAAGAUUUUAUAAACGAACUUGUAAAACUUCUCGAUCCCAAAUUCGAUGCACCCCAAGUAAUACAAGAACAUGUUCUCGGCUUAAUUCAGUCAUGGAACGAUGUAUUUAAAAAUGAUCCACGUUUGCAAGGUGUUUGUCAAAUUUACAAUGAGCUGAAAGCGAAAAAUGUUCAGUUUCCUGUUGUAGAUCCUGGUUCGAUGGCACCAAUAUUGACCCCCGAAAGAACUGUGUUUCCGAUCAGAGGAAUUCCUGCAACUACUAGUGUUCAGGAAGAUACUAUCGGACAGGAGAUGUUGACUUCCGGGUCACAUAAUUACGCUGGACUGUCGCAGUUUAUGCAGCCCACACCAGAGCAACAGGAGAAAUUACGCAAGGAACUUGAUGUAGUUAACGGCAAUUUGAAGGUUAUGCGAGAAAUGUUAUUUGAAAUGGUUUCGGGAAAAGAGACUUCGGACGACGUGCAGUUAUUGGAAGAACUGUAUGUUGUUGUAAAGCAGAUGCAUAUGAGAAUUCAAGACCUUAUUCGUUCCGUUCAGAAUGAUGAAGUCAUCUACGAAUUGCUAAUGGUAAACGAUGAUUGCAACAAUCUUUUUGAAAAAUAUAAUCGUUACAUGAUUAGUCGUGCAUAUGACACGAAAGAAAAUACGGAUUCGGAGAGCAACUUGAUUGAAUUUGAUGAUCAGACACUGAAUCAACAGUUUGCUGCACUGAAAACUUCUGAUGCUUCUAAUUUUGCUUCGACGAAAACUUCCGGUGUACUAGAACAAACUAGUAUCAGUCAAUCGGGAGCGAUAAAAAACAGGAAUGCCCCAGUUAGCGAUGAGGAAGCCGAAAUGGCGGAAUGGUUAAAAGCUCAAGAAGGCAAGAAAGAAACUGCUGUCGCUUCUACUGUAACGAUUGCAAGUGGGUCUUCCUCAGAGUGUGAAGUGCUCCUGCAUGACCAAUCAACACCGGAAGAUAAAGCGAAAAUAUCUUAA